UAAUGAACCAGUUGACCUCAAAAUUGAGCAUUCAAAGAAGAAAGCAGGCAGCGUAUAAUAGCGUGUCUAAAAUGAACAGAAAUAUUUGGGAUUUAAGUUAGCCAUCUACUGUACUAUCUUUGAGUAUUUCAUAAUGGCUGGAAGUCGACUUGAGAAGUUCGGGACCGUUUUCACCCGAGUUAGAGAUCUGAUGCGCGCUGGAGUCGUCAAGCAGUCGGACAAGCCGAUAUGGUACGACGUGUACAAGGCCUUUCCUCCCAAGAGAGAACCCCUCUAUGUGAAACCAGUGGCAAAGAUAUAUGGGAAGAAAGUGGUGGUCGUUCCAGACAUCUUCUACAGAGAGGAUGAAAUACGAGCGAAAUUCUACGAGAUGUAUGGGACCGGGCCCAGAGCUUUUGAUCUCUCCAAAGCCAACUUUAUUUCACCGUGCCAAAGAUUCAUACAGAAAUACACUGAGCUGGAGAGCCGUGGAGAGCUUAAGGAGUCAGAGCUGUAUGAGGCAACUGGGAAAGCACUUCUUGCAGAGGGACUUGUGUUGAAGAGAAGGGGUGGUUCCUCGGUGGCACUAGAGACCAGGGAUCCUGUGCUUGGUAUGAAGCUGACAGACAUGCUGGCAGAACAGCAGAUAGAAACACCUGGUGAGGUGCCUGAUGAACAGACACCCACUCAUCCCAUUCAACAGUGACACAUGGAAUUUAAUCACAGAGACAUUCACUUUGCUACUCAAUGAACAAUGAAACCUUUCUAAUCUAUGUACAAAAAAUUGUACCGUGUGGCUUCAUUUUGUUCUGCUUGCCUGUGUGGUCCUGAAUAAGUACAAAGGCGUGGAAAAGUUAUUUAAUUAUUUAUGUUAGGUUACAUUGGCCUGUGUGCACAAAUGUAAAAUGUGUGUGGCUAAGAUAUUUGAUGUGGACAAUACUGACCAGGACAGCUGUUUAAAAUGUUGGUUUUCCUUCUCAGUUUCUCAUGCAUCACAACCACCAUAUUAAACAUAUUAAACCCCUGA